CAGUAGUCAGCUGAUUUAAGCAUAUGAUCCCGCAGUACGGAAAAAGAAACAUUUCAUCCGUUCCGUCUGUUAUUUCAACGAAUAUAAGCAAAAAGACAAAAUGCUUGGACGGGGGAAACUGAUCGCCGUUAUAGGGGAUGAAGACACGUGUACCGGAUUCCUCCUCGGUGGGAUCGGAGAGCUGAACAAAAACCGAAAACCCAAUUUCUUGGUGGUGGAAAAGGACACUAGCAUCGCAGAGAUAGAGGAGACCUUCAAGAGUUUCCUGGCUCGCAGUGACAUUGGCAUCAUCCUCAUCAACCAGUUCAUCGCAGAGAUGAUUCGUCACGCUAUAGAUGCCCACAUGGAGUCGAUCCCGGCCGUUCUGGAGAUUCCUUCAAAAGAGCAUCCGUAUGACGCCUCCAAAGACUCCAUCCUGCGACGGGCCAAGGGCAUGUUUUCAGCAGAAGACUUCCGAUAAGCCGAUACCCCCGUGGGGGCAUGGUCUGACCUGGGCAGACGUGAGAAGAAACAAGUUUUACUUCUUGAUCUCAUCCAUAUUGCUGAAGCUGGAACCCCUUUACAAAGAUUAAAUAAUGAUGUGUUGUUAAUGUGAUGUUCUGUGAUGUGUAUUUUGCCAUUCCCAAGAGUGAAGAAGAGGACAUUUUUGUUAGUGCUCCUAAUAAUAAAGUUUUAUAUAAUAUUUAUAUAUAUAUAUAUAUAUAUAUAUAUAUAUAUAUAUAUAUAUAUAUAUAUAUAUAUAUAUAUAUAUAUAUAUGACAAAAAUAUGUGCUAUUUUACCCAUUGUGUAAAAGACAUUAUAUACCACAAGAGAUUAAGUUAAAAUAAUUUAUUAUAAAUAAUUUUUAGACCUUUAAGUUCUUUCAUUUGAAAGGUAAUGUCAUAUAUAUUCAUUUGAAAGGUAAUAUCAUAAUAUUGGACUGCAAAACAACCGUUCACUUAGUGACCCAAUUUAAAUCAGUCUCAAAUAACUUAAAAUGCUAACUGGACAUCUUUGGAUCUCUGAAAUCUUUCUUUUAAAUUUUUAUAGGGUGACACUUUGAGCACUGCAAAGAACUUUGCAUGGUGAGAUGUUAUUAAAAUGUUAAAUUAUGUCUUCAGAACUGUGACUUGCAGUUUAUUAAAGUAAUGGAGUCUGAC